UCGUCUCCGAUUGGUCUUCUCUGGUGUCUGCUUUCCCUUCAGCCUAGCGAACGGAGAAGAAGCUACGGCCUUUUCUAAUCUUUCAUUGAAUAAAGGCGAACGCAAGACGAAAAUACGAGUAGGUUAUAUUCGUUUUAGCCUCCAGCCAAAAUGAUACACAGCCUGUUCCUCGUGAACUCCUCGGGGGACAUUUUCUUGGAAAAGCAUUGGAAGAGCGUUGUGAGCCGCUCUGUGUGCGAUUACUUCUUCGAAGCGCAAGAGCGCGCCAGCGAGCCGGAGAACGUACCCCCAGUCAUCCCGACCCCCCACCACUACCUCAUCAGUGUACUCAGGCACCGCAUAUACUUCGUGGCGGUCAUCCAGAGUGAGGUGCCACCGCUCUUUGUAAUCGAGUUCUUACACAGGGUGGUUGAUACAUUCCAGGACUAUUUUGGUGUAUGCACAGAGGCAGCCAUCAAGGACAAUGUGGUGGUAGUGUACGAACUUCUAGAGGAGAUGCUGGACAAUGGCUUCCCCCUGGCUACUGAGUCCAACAUCUUGAAAGAGCUCAUCAAGCCACCCACCAUCCUGCGCACAGUGGUCAACACUAUUACAGGAAGCACCAAUGUAGGAGAGCAGCUCCCUACUGGCCAGUUGUCUGUGGUUCCAUGGCGACGCACUGGAGUGAAGUACACAAACAACGAGGCCUACUUUGAUGUAGUGGAGGAGAUUGAUGCCAUCAUUGACAAGUCAGGCUCCACUAUCACAGCAGAGAUCCAGGGGGUGAUUGAUGCCUGUGUGAAAUUGACAGGCAUGCCUGAUCUCACUCUCUCAUUCAUGAACCCUCGUCUCUUAGAUGAUGUGAGCUUCCAUCCGUGUGUGAGGUUCAAGCGCUGGGAAGCCGAGAGGAUUCUCUCCUUCAUCCCCCCAGAUGGAAACUUCCGCCUGCUCUCCUACCAUGUCAGCUCCCAGAAUCUGGUGGCCAUCCCAGUGUACGUCAAGCACAACAUCACCUUCCGAGAGGGUAGUUCUCAGGGACGUUUUGAGCUGACUCUGGGUCCCAAGCAGACCAUGGGUAAGGGUGUGGAGGCUGUACUGGUCAACAGCCAGCUGCCCAGAGGAGUCCUGAACACCAACCUCAACCCAUCCCAGGGGACAUACACCUUCGACCCUGUAACCAAGCUCUUGACAUGGGACGUUGGUAAGAUCAACCCUCAGAAGCUGCCUAGUCUGAAGGGCUCUAUGAGUCUGCAGGCAGGGGCUUCCAAACCAGAUGAGAACCCUACUAUCAACAUUCAGUUCAAGAUCCAACAGUCAGCCCUCUCAGGACUGAAGGUGAAUCGAUUGGAUAUGUAUGGGGAGAAGUACAAACCAUUCAAAGGAAUCAAGUAUAUGACCAAGGCUGGCAAAUUCCAGGUCCGGACAUAAAUGCUUGACUCGCAGCUUUCUGCCUCUGUCCCACAACCACUGCUGUUCAAGAAAGAGAAUGGGGGAUGUUAUAAUGCAGGGGGAAUAAAUACAGAGAAUAUAGGGAAUGUGGGUGGAAAGGGUGCAUUUCCUGUAUGAAUGCAUUUCAGGAUUUAUCCACACAAACUGUGGGCUUUGCUCUCACUGAAGUACAGAAUGCCUGACCUGACACACAAAAGCCUCUUUAAUGGAAGUUAUUUGCACAGUCACAGUGUAGUCAGAUAAGAGGCCACGAGUCCCAACAUAUCUACAGUGUCUACAGCUUUUGUCGUAGGCUAAAGCCUGGAAUCAGUGUUUGUGUUGUGUGUUCUUUCUUGCUCUCUUCUCUGUCUCUUUCCUGUCCUUUACAUUUCUCUUGUGCAAAAGAAUGUCAGGCAAGUUGUUUUUUUUACCCCUCAAAUGUGUGGUACUUCUGUCAUGCUUGUACCUCUUUUUUCAUCCUUUCAUUCAUUCCUAACCAACAUCCCAGAAUUAUUCUUCUGGUCAGGCAACAUGGCCAGGACAGCUCGUGGCCCUAGCUAUAUUACAUUCCUAAUGCUAUUUUGCAUUCCCUGUCUGUAUUGCUUACCAUCCUUUAUUGAAAUGCUGAAUGUUUCCAAAUUUUUCUUUCAGAACCAAAAUCUGUUGUCUGUUAUCACUAAUGGAAUCCACACACUAGAGAUUAAAAAUGACAGAAAAUCCAUCCCACUGAAUCACGCACUACCAUACACACUGUGUCCUUCCUAAUCAAAAUGAACAGUUUUAGUAAGAGUGAUAUGUUACUGGUUUUCUUUCUUUAUAAUGUGGUGUCCUGUGAGACACCAUGCUGAUUUUAUCCAUCUUAAUCCUUUCUGAUUACCUUUUUAAUUAUUAUUUAUUGACCAUUGGUUGACCAAUGACUGAAUCCUGAACCAAGAAACAAAUUGUAGAUUGUAUAAGCUGAUUAUAUGUUGUAGCUCCAAUUUGUUUGUUACACAGAAGUGAAUCAUACUGGGUUUCUAUGCUAAACCACUAACAAAGCCAAUACAAUGAAACAUGUUGCCCUGCUAUGAUGUUAUUAAAGCUGUCACUCUGGCCAGGCUUUCCUGUUUUCUAUACAUUCUCUACUGACUGACUCCAUACUGCAGUUUGAUGGUAAGGUUUGGUUGUGUUAUCAAGAAUGUUAUUAGCGCUUUGUGUUUAUGGCUUUGUUUUAAUUGUCUUUGACAAUAAAUACUUAUGUGAUAUUUGCUGAA